CUCGGGCAGCCGGAGGGGGCCCUCGCCCCACCAGCCCUCACGCCCCGCACCGGAGCGCCGGGAGGAGAGCAAGGCUUCGGGAAGAUUUGUCAGGUUCCUUCUUGGAAACAGUGAGGGCAGGCGGUUCGAGCGCAGUGUCACGGAUCUGGCCCUUCCGCGGCACCCAGCAAACAGAUUACCUGUAAGUUGAUUUACAUUAAACCAGUGGGCUCCAGAGGGGAGGCUGGUUAACGCUGGUCAAAGCUGCCUCUGGAUACCCACCCAUUGCCCACGGGGAGGAGCGAGGAGAUGGCGAGAUGGGGGAACGGGGCUGUCUGGCCGAGAACACAAUUUCCCAGCUGCAGCGAUGCUUAAUCCUCCAUUAGGAAGUGAGAAAUGAUCUGCGUUGCGGCCGUUUCCGUGCUCACCUCCUGGAGCAUGGCACAGAAAGCAAUGCCGGGCACCUCCCCGGAGGGAAUUCGUCCCACCUACAUGUACAAGGUGGUUCUGCUGGGGAGCACGUCAGUGGGAAAGUCAAGCCUGGCCUACCGAUACGUGAAAAAUGACUUCAAGGAGUCGCUGCCAACUGUGGGAUGCUCCUUCUUCACACAGACGGUCAACCUGGAGGUAGCCACCAUCAAGUUUGAGAUCUGGGACACUGCAGGCCAGGAGAAGUACCACAGCGUCUGCCACCUCUAUUACCGGGGCGCCCAUGCUGUUCUCCUCGUUUACGACAUCGCUAAGAAGGAAACACUCAACAGAGCAAAACUGUGGCUGAGGGACCUGGAGAAGGAAUUCCUUCCUGAUGAAAUCGUCAUUGCUUUGGUGGGCAACAAGACAGACCUUGCUGCUGAGCGAGAAGUCGCCACUGAGGAGGGGGAAGAGUUUGCAAGGACCAAAGGCCUCCUCUUCAUGGAGACAUCCGCAAAAUCCAACCACCAAGUGAAUGAUAUCUUUAUGGCCAUCGCCCGAGAGCUCCUGCAGAGGGAGCAAGCAAAGACGUCUGCCCCGUCCCCACACGGGAGGUCAACGGUUGAGCUGGGGGAGAGCGGGGCGAGGACUGGGUGCUGCCAGCUCUGAGGAUGGGCAGCUCUGGACCUCAGGCUGCAGUGCCAGCAGUGGCUGGAUGAGGUCUCCAAGAGGAUCAGUGACAAAGCUGGGAGACACAGAACCACAGGGGCAGCUCGGCCCAACCACCCUCCCCCUCGGAGCAAGGUCAGAGCCUGUCCUGGGGGGCACAGGACCUCUUCAACCCUCCAACUCUGGCUUCCUCCAGGAGGUAGGGCCUGGGGGUUUCUUCUACCAACUUUCUGUAUCCAGAGAGGAGCAUGACCCUCUGGCACUGCUGCCACCAGCCCUGACUGGUGACACCCCCCCACUCCAGCUGCACGUCAGCUCCUCUGCAUCCCUUCCCAUCUGAAAAGGGAGGGUUUAACU